AUGAAAGAUUGGAAAUUUGAAGAAAACUUAGCCUUGCAGGAGAGGCCCAGGAGUGAGAAGAAAACCCUCUUCAACAAGCCCUUGGCCUUGCAAGAGAGGUCCAUAGUUGAGCAGGCCACACUGGAGGAACCCUUGGCCUUGGAGGAAAAGUCCAACAUUGAGAAGGAACCGUUUUUCAAGGAACACUUAGCCUUACAGGAGAAGUCUAGCAUUGAAAAGCAAAUACUUUUUACCACCCUGAAGGAACCAUUGGGCUUGGAGGAAAAGCCCAACAUUGAGAAGGAGACCUUCUUUAAGGAAUACUUGGCCUUGCAGAAGCCCAGCAUUAAGGAGAUCCUAUUCAGUGACCCCUUUGCCUUACAGAAGCCCCCCUUUGAGAAGGAAACUCUCUUCAAUAAGCCCUUAGCCUUGCAAGAGAAGCUCAUAGUUGAGAGGGCCACCCUUAAGAAAUGCUUGGCCUUGUAGGAAAAGCCCAUCAUUGAGAAAGAGACCCUGUUCGGUGAGGCUUUGGCCUUGCAGGAGAAGUCUACAGUUGAGGAUGUGGCCACCCUGAAGGAGCCCUUAACCUUGCAAGAGAAACCCAUAGUUGAGGAGGCCACACUGAAGGAACACUUGGCCUUGCAAGAGAAGCCCAUCAUUGAGAAGGAAGCCCUCUUCAAGGAGCCAUCAGCCUUGAAGGAGAAGCCUACCAUCAAUGAGACAUUUCUUUUUAAGCAGAUAUUAGGUUCAAAUAAGAAACCCACCACUCAGAAGGAGUCAUCUUCCAGAGAACCCUUGGCCUUGGAAGAGACUCCUACCUGCAAGGAAAAUGGCUUUCUCAAAACAUCCUUAAUAGUCCCAAUUAAGACCAGCCCACAUGUGUCUAUCACUACUCCUGCAUCCAGGGUAGGCAAGUCCAUUGCUGCCACCAUGUCCAGUGUGAGCGAGUCCAAUACUGCCAGCAAUUUUAGUAUAUGUGAAUCUGGUUCAAGUAAACUUUUCUUACCUCAGGGCAAGAGAGCACAGAAGAGGGUGACCGCAUUGGAAGAUAUUGAUAAUAACCACAGUGAUCCAUUUUUCAAUUCAAUAUAUGCCAAGGAUAUCUUUAGUUACAUGAAGCAAAGGGAAGAAAAGUUUGUCCUUACAAAAUACAUGAACAGACAAACUGACAUUAGCAGUGGCAUGAGGGCCAUUCUGGUGGACUGGUUGGUGGAGGUACAGAUGUCCUUUGAAAUGAGUCAUGAAGCCCUGUACUUGGCAGUAAAGCGGGUGGAGAGAGUAUGUAAGAGAGACAAGCUACAACUCCUUGGUUCCACUGCCUUUCUGAUUGAAGCAAAAUUUGAGGAGCCCCUGUGUCCACCUAUAGGUGACUUCCUCUACAUCUGUGAUAUGUAUCCACAAGAUGAGAUGCUUGCCAUGGAAAUCAGCCCCCUGCACACCCUCCAGUUUGACAUCGACAUUCCCAUCGCCUAUCAUUUUCUGCAUAGAUACGCUAGGUGUGUCCAUGCCAGCAUGAAGACACUAACCUUGUUUCGCUUCAUCUGUGAGGUGACCCUGCAGGAAUAUGACUAUAUCCAGGAGAGGGCUUCCAUGCUAGCAGUGAGCUCCUUCCUCUUGGCCCUUUACAGGAAGAACCUUGGACACUGGGCUCCAACCCGGGAGUUUUACAGUGGCUACAAGAUCUCUGAGCUUCACCCUUUGGUCAGGCAGCUGAACAUCCUGCUGCCUUUAGGUCUCAAAACUAUACGUUCCAAGUAUUCUCAUCAGGUCUUCUUUAAAGUCACCAAAAUCCCCGCCUUGGACAUGUUAAAGCUGGAGGAGAUUUUGAACUGCUAG